CACUCAAAAAGCCGUACACACCACUCGUCUUAUAUUAGCUACGUUAUGAAUUUAAAAUGUCACCUCUUACAUCAAACAAGGCUCAUCAUUUCUGUAAUCCAAGAGAUAAGGCGGAAUCAUACAAAUCAUUCCUAUAGAGCUAUCAGAUCAUGCACAAAGCCAUCAAAUUAAACCAAAUCAUGGAUUAAGAACAUAGGCCCAAUUUAAUAAGUCUAUAGGCCCAAUUUAAUAAGUCUAUAGGCCCAAUUUGACUACGGUAGAGAGAUCUCCGAGCCAGUUCCGACGGCGCUGACCGAAGAAACGCGUCUCUCUAGAGAAAAUUGAAAAUUCCGCAGAGUGAGAAAAUAAGAAGAAGACGAAGACGAAGAAUUGAGAAAGCUGUAACAAUGGCGUUAACGAUCUACACAUGCAAAGAAUGCGGAACAGAUCUAAAUCUGAACCCUAACGAUUUGUUCCCACCGGAUUUUUACUUCGAAGCCGGAAACAAAAAAACACUCUCAUUCGCCGCCGUCGACGCCGACAAGUUCCGAUUCGAGAAAGAAGAUAAGAUCGUGCUUUUCUUCGAAACCCUAGAUUACUGGGGAAUCCAUCGCAAACGGACCAAGAUCAAGUGCAGUAGCUGCAACCACCUCAUCGGUCACAUCUACGACGAUGGUCCUCCUCUCACUGGCGGUAUUGGUCAGUACGGAUUCGGUCCUAGUCAAGUCAUCCCUCGUGCUCCUCGCUAUCGUUUCAAAACCAAAGCCAUUGAACAAGUCUCGUCUCAGACUUGAGCUGAAGCAGAGAAGGUUUAAAAGGCUCUUUACAUAGUUUAUAUAAAAACUUGUCAAAAGGGUGAACAUGAUUGUAGAUGUUGUUGCUUACUCAGAUGUGAUUAACAUCUACAAUCCUAUUCCCUGCUUUGUAUCCUUUGUCUAUUGUAGAAUAAGGUAUGGUGAAUUGGAUGGAGUAGCUAGUUUAGUUUAAGAUAUGGUUUCUUUAAGUAUGUGGUAUGGUUUGGAUUUUGAUCAUAUUUGUAGUGUGUUUGUGUUUGUUGUGAAUUGAGAUUUCGAUGGUGUUGAUCAUAUAUGUGAUGUUUGUGUUUGAUGUGAAUCACAUGGUUGAGGCUCGUCUUCUUUAAUCAUUGCUUUGUUUUUGUUUGUGAUUCGUUUCUUUGGUUGUGACUAAGUUUACUAUUCAGUUGUUGAACUUUCGUACGAGGAA